AUGAGUAAUAUUCCAUUCCCCUCGUGGAAUGAUCAACAGAGCCUCUUCAAAUUAUCGUGCGCUGAUGCAGACACGUGUAAUCAGUUAUCCAGUGUGGAUAAUCCAGUGUCUCACCUCCAACGAGGUGAAUCUGAAGUGGGCACCAAGAAGAUGGCCAUCCCGCGACUAGCGGAAGGAGCCGAAUCUACUGCCUUCACCUCUCCCGGUAGGUUCCAUCGUCGACACGUUCGUCGAGCAUGCGAGUCUUGCAGGCAACGGAAGACGAAGUGCACCGGAGACAAGUCCGGAUGCCGCAAUUGCCGAGAGGCUGGAAUCAUCUGCUGCUAUACCGAUGGUAAAAGGGAGAAGUCCAAACGACAAUUGGCAAGCUUGUCCGCAAAGGUGCAAGCAUAUGAAGAUGUUAUUAGCAAGCUGAGCAAUCGUUUCGGCGUGUCCGAUGAGCAACUCGUGAACAUUGCCCUGGCAGCGGAAUCAGCCCCUGACUUGGAAUUCAACCCGGAGACGUGUCUUUCAGCAGCUGGAGAACGAAGAAUUUCAUGGCAUGCGGGUUCUGAGCCCCCGCCCUCCCGAGCAUCAUCUGUUAGUCCCCUGGAGUCCGGCGACCAAACAGAGGAGGACUUCAAUAGAGACGAAACCGCACGAGCAACCGGCUUCAUUGGAAAAAGCUCUGAGAUAACUUGGCUCCAAAGGCUCAGCAAAGAGGUCAACAGUGAAUGUGAGGCCUGGCCUGCAACUCUUCCCAACACAGAUGACGAUAACGGUCUGCCCUCUCCAACGCUGACGCCUCGACCGGAGAAUCCAAGCGAGCCAUGGGUGGUGGCUUCCAACUAUUACCUUGACGACCUGGACAUUCCAACUGCAGAUCAAAGUGAUAUGUAUGGAGUCCCAACACGGGAGAUGGCAGGUAAAAUGCUCAAUGCCUAUCUGACUUCGGUGCAUCCUUCCUUCCCAAUCAUUGGGGUUUCAACCUUUGUCCCCCAGUUCCAGGUCUUUUUCAGUCAACCCUCUCUCAAGCCAGGAAACAAGUGGCUCGCCAUACUCAACCUGAUCUUUGCCAUUGCGGCUAAAUAUGGCCAAUUGACGAACUCGGACUGGAAGGAAGAAGAUGAUGACCACCAAAUGUACUUCUCAAGGGCGCGGGCCUUGAGCUUGGAAGAUCAAAUUCUCCAUCAUCCUGACUUGCAACAGUUGCAAGUCGAGGGGCUUACUUCUUUCUAUCUGAUUGCAUCGGGACAUAUCAAUCGGGCCUGGAAACUUUCGGGAAGUGCAGUUCGGGGAGCGCUGGCUCUUGGUUUGCAUUUGCGCAACGUUGGUGCGAGCAUCUCGGCCACUUCCAAGGAGAUACGCUACCGGGUGUGGUGGUCAUUAUAUACACUGGAUCAUCUACUUACUAUCAUGACUGGGCGUCCCUCAUGUAUCAUUGACAGCUCCUGCACUACACCAAUGCCUGUUCCUUUUGAUGAGAGUGAUUUCCAAAAGGACGAGGUGGCUCGGCUGAUAGGCACAGCUACACUCCGUACAUCUAAUGGUUCGGAGCGGAUGCCCACCAACAACAACGCAGAGGACCUGGAAUCGACGGCUGAUUCAGAUUCAAACGAGGGCGAGACAAAAAUGAGCCGAGCAGAGUAUCUCAAGAGUCUUCCGCCUUGCAUUUCACUUUACUUCCUGCAGUUGGCGUCCUUGACUAGCAUUUCGAAGCGGAUGACAGUGAAACUCUACAGCCCGGAGGCGUUGCAGUCCCCAUGGGCAAGCACCGAGUUUACCAUCAAGAGCCUGAUGCUUGAGAUUGAUUCAUGGUUCAUGAAUCUCCCUGCUGCAUACGAUUUUACCUCGACGCAGACAUCCCAAUGCCCAAUUAGCCAGCGAAUGGGCCUCGCCUUUCUGUUCUACAGCACCAAGAUUGGAAUCACCCGGCCAUGUCUCUGUCGUUUGGAUCAAUCCCCUUCCGAGGAAGACAAGACUUACGAGUUCUGCAACAAAACCGCGGCGGAAUGUGUCGAGGCUGCAUGCCACAUGCUUACGCUAUUCCCGGAUACCCCAGACGCAGUACUGUUAUACCGCAUGUCGCCAUGGUGGUGCACAUUACAUUAUCUGAUGCAGGCAGUUACUGUGCUCCUGCUCGAGCUGGCAUUCCGAGCCCAGCACGUCCCCGAGAAAGCGACGAUGGUGUCCAAAGCUGCAAAGAAAGCCCUGGACUGGCUGUCGACGCUAUCAAAAACCAACAUGGCGUCAGAAAGAGCCUGGAAGCUCUGUGACGGAUUCCUCCGCCGCUUGGCACCACAUAUUGGAAUCAAUGUGAAUGAUUUCCCUACCACCGAAGAGUCAGAUCCCCUCUUCGAAGUCCCUGACACCGCAGACUCCGCUCCAGUGGCAUUUGACCCGUCCGCAGCUAUGCCUGCAGCAGUGGCGGUUGACGCUAUCUCCGCCGAACUGGACUCAAUCGCCUGCUCCCCGAUGGAUCAAAACAACACUCCUCUCGCUAUGCCAGAAAUCAACCCUCCUCUCAGCAUACCCGAACCCUACGGUCUCGAGGCGCCAGAUCUACUCGACCAAUUCAUCAAACAGGAGAAGGAUCUCUCGGGUGGGAGCUCGUAUGAUGAAUGCUUCCCUUACGAUCCAGCCACCGGUCAGAUCACAGGCUCUUUUUUCCCAUCUGGUCCGAAUAUGGAACUUGAUAUGGGGUAUUUCUGGGGUGAUCCGGUGUGUUGA